AGUGGCUUGUGCUGCAGCUGAAUAAUGAUGAUCCCAGCACGCUUAUAAAACGAGGAGGCAGAGAGCUCACCACAGAGCUGUUCCUCGCAGCCCUGGUCCUCCACAGAGCAUCACUGCACCUCGUCAACCAAGGUCCAUUUCCCACCUGCACACCUGUGCAGCCAUGCUGGGCACAGCAGUGCAGUUCUCGGUCCUGCUCAGCCUCCUCAGCUUUGGGAAAGGCCAGAUGUUUCACAUGGGACCAUGUCCAGAUCCACCAGUCCAAGAAGACUUCGAUAUCAACAAGUAUUUGGGGAAAUGGUACGAGAUAGAGAAGCUGCCCUCAAGUUUCGAGAAAGGAAGAUGCGUCCAGGCAAAUUACUCAUUGAAGGAGAACGGGAAGUUCAAGGUGAUCAACAAGGAGCUGCUCUCCAAUGGCAAAGUUAAUGAAGUCGAAGGAGAAAUCAUGCACAUGGAUGUAAAGCAGCCGGCCAAGCUGGGCGUCCGCUUUAACUGGUUCAUGCCUUCUGCCCCUUACUGGGUCAUCUCCACCGACUACGAAAACUACUCCCUGGUUUACUCCUGCACCAACAUCCUCUGGCUGUUCCACGUUGACUACGCCUGGAUUAUUUCAAGAGCUCCCGAGAUGCACCCAGAAACCGUGGAGCACCUGAAGAGCGUCCUCCAGUCCUACAAGAUUGACACCGAGAAAAUGAUGCCCACGGAUCAAGUUAACUGCCCUUCUGAGAUGUAAGUCCCAGCAUGCAGUGACACAGCACCAGACCAGCGAUGAACUUUGUAGAUUUCUUUAUUAUCCAUUAGAAUGUCUCUGUGUAACAGAGAAAGGUAAUAAUCCUUUAGCUAACAGUAGUUUGCCAGCCCUGAGUUACUCCUUGCUGUUGCUCCUCUAUCACUCUGCCCGCUUUGUUGUCCCGCUCUGACUUUUGCAGAGCAACUGACUGGUUCAGAGCUAAUGGGUGAAGAAAAGAAAUGCUGAAGUGUAGAUGGGAAGCUCUGCUGUCGCUGUGAGUCUUCCAGUACAGGGGUGAGAAAGGGAAUGAGAUGCAAUGUGCAAGUAUUAGUCCUCAGGAAAACCCUUGCAUCACACAGCUCCAGGUUUGUAACCCAUUUCUGCCUUGAUGGUUCUGGGCCUGCUGGGAGUCUGUGGUGUCUGAGUUACAUCACAGGCACUGCCUUCUCAGUGGCAAUGCUCAGACGUGGUGGGUUGGACCUGCAGCCUGUGAACUGAAACUGCAGGUCUUGAAUGGUGCAGGACUAUAGGCAUAUGUUGCUGCCAAGUCAGCAGAUCUCCUUGCUAGAAAUCAGAUCUGGUCCUUUGUAUUUAAAUUCUAAAAAUGUCCAGAAACUCAGUAUUGCUCCAUGCCCAGUGUCUGCACCUGCCCUCUAGUGUGAGGCCAGUCCUGCACUCCCAAGUAGUCAGCUCCGAGAGUACUCAUAAGUAGAUAGAAGAGAUGGGGCUGUUCCCUUGUCCUCUCCUCCUGAGGCAGUUCCCCAAACACCAAGAGACAGCAGGCUCCGCCUGACAUCCCGCUCACCGCUUCUGUGUGUGCUGAGUGCCCGCUGGCACCGGCUCUGCCCCGGUAGGUGUUCACCAGGCACCACAACAACUCUGCUUGAAUAGCAUCAAUGCAACUCAUUAAAAAUGAAAUCAAAA